UUGAGUUUAAGAAGAAAAUACAAUCACGAAGAUUUUUAGAAUUUUUUGUUACUCAUACAUGUAUCUAACGUAACAAAUUCUAUUUAUUCAUAUUAUAUUGUAAAAAAUCAUGAAAAUGACCGCCGGUCUGAGGGCAAUGGGACUCGUAAAAUUAAACCGUGCGUGGCAGAAUUUAAAUGCACGCAAGUAUGUGAGUGAUCAACUUCUCGCGGACGGCGAGAUAAAAAAAUCGAGGAUACCACUAAACAUCGACACGAACAUGCUGAAAAUCGGCUUCCUCGGCGGAGGAAAAAUGGCUCAGGCGCUCGCCAAGGGUUUCAUACGGACGGGUUUAAGCAAAGGCGAAAUGAUGUUAGCCAGUUGCCUCCCAAAUGACAUCGGGAGCAUCGAAUUUUUUAAGAAAGUGGGAUCGAAUACAGUCUUUACAAAUGCACCCAUCAUCGAUCAUGGCGACGUGCUAAUCCUUUCAGUAAAACCGCAAGUUGUACCAAAAGUUUUGCCGGAGUUUAAGAUACGUGAUAAUAAGAAAUUACUCAUUUCCAUCGCUAUGGGUAUUUCUUUGACAUCGUUAGAAAAGGCGCUGCCAGCAGGAACACCUGUGAUAAGAGUAAUGCCAAAUACGCCUGCAUUAGUUGGUUGCGGUGCUACGGUAUUUGCACGUGGAAAACAUGCGACCGAUAAGGACGCUGAGAUCACGGAGAAACUAUUUUCCGCCGUGGGCAUUUGCGAAGAAGUCCCGGAAAAUUUCAUUGAUCCCAUAACUGCACUGGCCGGUUCCGGUCCUGCCUAUAUAUUUAUGAUAAUUGAGGCGAUGGCUGACGGUGGAGUUAAAAUGGGACUUACUAGGCCUAUGGCUUAUAAGUUCGCUGCGCAAACUGUCUUAGGUGCCGGUACUAUGGUUCGCGAGACAAAUCUUCAUCCAGGACAACUUAAAGACGACGUGUCUUCGCCAGCAGGAUGCACCAUAACUGCCAUUCAUCAAUUAGAAAAGGAUGGUUUAAGAUCGGCACUGAUCAGCGCUAUAGAGGCAGCGACGCUUCGAUGUAGAGAAGUUAGUUCGCAAACAGAAAAAAAUUAAUGAUAAAACAAUUAUGAUAACUAUUAUAUUAUUACAUUAUAAUUUCAUUGGCAUCCAUUUUGAAGAGCAAUACGUAAAAAUAUGGACAAUAUUCAGAAACUCAAAUGACACAAGAGAAUUAUAUUUAUGUAAAUAUAAAUUUUAGAUUUUAAAACAAUAGACAUAUUCCUAUUAUAUAGGAAUAUAUAUGUAUAUAUUUACAUCUUUAUUUUAAUGAUUUAAAAUAUGAUUCUUGUAAAA